AUGGCUUGGACCAAGAAGAUUUUCCAGUUGACCGACCGGCCGCCGUGGCUGUUGCCGCUGCGGUCGUCGCAGUUGUUCAUUGUGACGACCAUCUCGCUGUCGAUGUUCACGGACCUGUUCCUCUAUGCCAUGAUUGUCCCCGUCAUGCCGCGAGCGCUGAUUACGCGGGCUGGUGUGCCAUUCGAGGACCGCGAAUAUUGGAACAGCGUCCUGCUCGUCUCCGAGGCUGUCUCGGCGCUCGUGGCUAGUCCGAUUUUUGGAUAUGUGCUUGACGUCUCGGGAACCCGCCAGGGUCCGUAUUUGUUCGGUCUUCUCCUGUUGUUCGCUUCGAUGGUGAUCUUGACGGUCGCCCACUCCGUUGUGUGGUACGUGAUGGCGCGAGUGUUGCAGGGUGCCGCCACGGCUAUGGUAUCGGUGGCGGGACUCGCCAUUGUGACGGACACGGUCGACAAGAGGAACCUCGGCGAGAUGCUUGGGUACAUAGGCAUGGCCAUGACGCUCGGGUUUGUGUCUGGACCGCUUCUCGGCGGGCUGGUGUAUCAGGUCGGCGGUUUCUAUUGGGUGUUCGGCAUGGCGUUUGCGGUUGUUGCUCUGGACUUCUUCUUGCGGCUGGCGGUCGUCGAGAAGAAGGUUGCUGAGCGCUGGUUGCCCCCGCCUGAUAGUGAGCGACACUCUCAGGUGAAUGAAAACGGCACGGAGCAGCCGGACUAUGGGGCCAUUACCAAUGGCAAUGGCCAUCACCCGGUGAAGGAAGUGGCACCCACGACUGCGUUCGCCUUGUUCAAGCUCUUGCAGAAGCCGCGGAUUCUGAUUAGUCUCUGGGCGGUUAUUGUUGGAGCUCUGGUGCUGUCGGCUUUCGAUGCUACAUUGCCGACUUUCGUCGAAGAUACAUUUCAUUGGAAUUCCUUUGGAGCAGGCCUAAUCUUCCUCCCAGGAACCGUGGCAUGUGUUUUCCAGCCGCUCUUUGGUUAUCUCUCUGAUCGCCUCGGCGCGCGAGUCGUUGCCUUCACGGGCUUUGCCCUUCUAGCCCCAUGCCUAGCAUGUCUCCGCUUCGUCGAGUCAAACACCAUGACCGACAAGGUCAUCCUGUGCAUUUUGCUUGCUCUAGCCGGUAUGUGCAACGACCUCAGCGAGCCAGCCCAGCUCGUCGAGGUGCAGCGCGUGCUCGACGAGAUGGAAGAAGAGAACCCCGGCGGCUUCGGAGAAAAGGGUGCCAUUGCACAGGCGUUUAGUCUCGAGAACAUGGCCCAUUUUGGUGGACUGGCGCUGGGCCCCAUGGCUGGGGGCUUUGUCAAGUUCCACUACGGCUGGAAGGUCAUGACGCUCUCGCUUGGGGUUCUGUGUGCUGCCACCGCUGUUCCCAUGCUCUGGCUCAGCGGGCCGAUCGAAAAAGACUGCGGGACUGAGUCGGAAGAUGCGGAGAGAGAACCAUUGCUGGCGCAGUAG